AAGAGUGGCUUUAUCUAUCAUCUGGUCCAUCAUCAUCCACAAUUGGGGUCUGCUUCUGGUUCUCUCUCUCGGUAACUUUCUGGGCAGAAGAACCCUAAUUCUUAUCUUCACCGAAUUUCGUGUUUAAGGGCUUUGUGAAGUUGUAUAAUUUACAAAGAAAGAUAUGCUGGUUUGUCUGGGUUACGUUGAAGAAUCUGUUUUGUUGCUUUGAGAUUAAAGUCCAAACAAUGUUGGGUUUGAUUCAUGUCCUUGAUGAGCUCGUCAAUGGUCUUAUGCCACUGCUUAUCAUUCAGUAGUCAAAACCCAGUUCCUGAAUCAUCUUCGUCUUUUCUUCGUUACAAGCCUUGUGACUCGAUUUCGUUGUGGGGUAAGAGAAGGAAGAGGCUUUGGAGAUUUGUUCCCAGUGCGGAGAAUAAUAACAGUCACACGGGUAAUAAUAAGAGGAGAAGAAGCUGGUGGCAGAGGUUUUUCUUUGAUGAUGAUGGGAAUUGGCUUGGUUUGAGGGACGAGGACAUUGUUGAUGAGACUUCUGAGCUUGCAAAGGAUGAUGAGAUGUCUGAUGAAGAGAAAUUCGAGACUUGGAAGAGACGAGCUGAGGCGAUUGUGGAGCUACGGGAAGGUCAGGAGGAGAUUGGGGAUAGUGGUGUUGUUGAUGAUGUGACCAAGAAAUGGGAGGAUUGGAUUGUGGAUUCAGAUGAUAGUUUAGUUGAGUCUUGGAGCCGAGACUCUGCUGGUAGUGAAGGAAGUGACGACAAAUUAGAGCUCGAUGAAUUGACAAUUCCAGACGGAGGGUUGGUUAAAAUGGUGAGGGAUAUGGUUUUAGGAGCAGAAGAGGAAGAUAUUCUAUACGAAGACCGUGUUUUCCGUUAUGCUUCUUCAAAAUCGGCAAAGUUUUUGGCGGUAUUAAUCCUCAUUCCAUGGGCAUUAGACUUUUUGUCCCAUGAUUAUGUACUUAUGCCCUUCUUAGACAGAUAUGUGAAGACUGUACCACUUGCUGCCCAGGCGCUUGAUGUGAGACGUAAUCAGAAGCUAGAAAUGGUAAAGGAACUUAAUAGAGAAAAAGCUAGGUACCGUCUCGAAGUUGAGAUUGGCAAAUCUCCUCCUCUUUCUGACGAUGAGUUAUGGUGGGAGAUGCGGGGUAAAGCUUUGGAGCUGCGAGAUGAGUGGAGAUUAGAGAACCGGAAAGCAUUUGCCAACAUAUGGUCUGAUAUGGUGUUUGGGAUCUCCUUGUUUGUUCUUCUGUACGCCAAUCAGGGUAGAGUAGCCUUGUUGAAAUUUACGGGGUAUAAAAUCAUAAACAACAUUUCAGACACGGGAAAGGCAUUUCUCAUCAUCCUAAUCACCGACAUUUUCUUGGGGUACCAUUCUGAAUCUGGAUGGGAGACAUUGUUAGAGAUAAUUAUGGAACAUUAUGGUCUCGAAGUUGAGCAGUCUACUAUUACCAUUUUUAUCUGCCUAGUUCCCGUUAUUAUGGACGCUUGUGUUAAGCUCUGGCUGUUUAAGUUCCUUCCAAGACUGUCUCCGAGAGUUUCCAACAUAUUCCAGGAGAUGAAACGUCACUGAGUAGUACUCACCAUUAAAACCCUCCACUCGAGUUCUGUGUCUCUAUCACACAAACCAUUCUUCAGCUUUUAUUUACGUUCAUAUAGACAUAAGAGAAACAUAGGCUAUUUUUUUGUCACUCAUCUUGAUCUUAAUUUUUUUUGUUGAAUUUUUGGUGAACGAAUUGAGAGACUAAGCUGCUGGCUCUCUCACCAGUAUACUUUGUCAUGUACACAAUAAACAAACCUACAAAAGAAGCCCUUUGGGCUUUGGGCCUACGUUUACUUUUGAAAUAGUAAUCUUCACAUGGUAAGUUACAUA